GACAAACGAGGCCAGAAACCACUCUCGUACGCAGUUAUUCAUAGAAACGCAGAGAUUGUCUAGCUGUUGCUAGCAAGGGAUGAUGUGGCCGUCAACUUGAAAGAUAAAGAGGGCAAGACGGCACUGUCAUUCGCAGCCAUGUAUGAACGCACAAUGUUUGUUAAGCUGUUGCUGACUAGGGAUAAUGUGGAGGCCAACUCGAAAGAUGAGGAGGGCCGUACGCCACUCUGGUUUGCAGUUUUCCAUGGGAAUAUAGAGACUGUGAAGCUGUUGCUGGCAAGGAAUGAUGUGGAGGCCGACUCGAAAGAUAAAAGGGGCCGAACACCACUCUCCUGCUCAGUGGAACGUGGAAACGCGGAGAUUGUCCAGCUGUUACUGUCGAGAGACGACGUAGAAGCCAGCUCGAAAGAUGAAGAUGGUCGGACGCCACUGUCGUACGCAGCAGAGCGUGGAAACGCAGAGAUUGUCAAGCUGUUACUGUUAAGAGACGACGUGAUGGCCAACUCGAAAAAUGACCAGGGCCGGACACCACUCUCCUUCGCAGCCGAGAAUGGAAAGUUAAAGACUGUCAAGCUGUUGUUAGAAAGAGACUAUGGAUCUCAAUUGGAGACAUGAACAGACCCU